GAGAUAAUCUUCAACUUAUUUAUUCUUGAAGCUAUUCAGAGAACGACGGUAAGGUUAAACGCCGAACAUUUGAAAUCAAUAGUCAAUUGGUCAGCUCCGCCCUAUUCCUGACAAAUUCGAUUUGACUUUGUAUCUGUCGAUAUAUCUACUUAUCUACUCGUCGGCUAUCACAAGUAUAUCUGAGAGCUGCUUGGAAGCUGAUAAAGCAUUAAAGGCAACUAAAAACAUCCAAACCCAAGCAAACACAGUAGACAACACAAGAAGCUUGAUAAAAUGGAUUCUCUACCUUCUCAACUCUCUUCUCUCAAAUUAGCACCCGGUGUCCAAAGAUACUCUCUUGGAGAUUGGAAGCUUCAAUCUGGCCAAGAAAUUCCUGAUGCUCAUAUUGCAUUCAAGACAUUUGGAGACCCAAGUUCCCCUGCUAUCAUCUAUCCUUCUUGGUUUUCUGGAGCAAUCGCGGACAACGAGUGGCUCAUCGGAGAAGACCAGGUAUUGAAUCCCCAAAAAUACUUCAUAAUCAUCACCGCCCUUUUCGGAAACGGAGAAUCGACCAAGUCUCCAUCCAAUUCCUCCAUCUCUCCUUUCCCAAAAGUAACCUUCUAUGACAACGUCCGCGCUCAACAUACCCUCGUGACCUCCCAUCUCCAAAUCACCCAUGCACGCGCUGUGAUCGGUUGGUCCAUGGGUGCAGGUCAAACUUAUCAAUGGGCCACCAUGUAUCCCUCAUUCAUGGACAUCUGUAUUCCCUUUUGCGGAUCUGCAAAAACAGCCCUUCACAAUCAGGUCUUUUUGGAAGGUGUUAAAUCUGCAUUGUUAGCUGCCAAGAGUCUUUCAAGCGCGGGAUCCAAGGAAGGUGUUGCUGUGAAAGGAGAGGGAGGAGAUGAAGUGAGAGUUUGGAGUCAGGAGGAAAGGGAGGUGGGAUUGAAGGCGUUUGGGAGGGGGUAUGCUGGAUGGGGAUUUAGUCAGUGGAUGGAAUUACAGUGUGGUUUGACGGAACUCUUCAAGACCGUUCUGGGAUUCAAAGAUCUAGAAGAUUUCAUGCAAAAUUUCUGGGAGAAGUGGGCCCUUUCAAAAGAUCCAGAAAACCUCCUAACCAUGCUCCACACCUGGGCCUCGGGCGACGUCUCCAACCAAUCUCCCUACAAUGGCGAUUUCGCCGCUGCAAUGGGAGCUAUCAAAGCCCAGAUGCUUGUUCUGCCCGGAAAGACUGAUCUGUAUUUCCCACCCGAAGACUCUGAAAUAGAAGUCUCCCUCAUGCGCCCCGGCAUCGGCAAACUCGAUGUUUUCCCUAGCAUAUGGGGACAUUGGGCCGGAGGACCAGGUGAUUCAAAGGAAGAUGUUAAGUGGCUCAAUGAGAGGUUGGUUGAGAUUGGUUUGUGAAUUUUGUUCUCCUUUGGGAAAGGAUAGGGAGAGGGUGGAUCUGUUUACUUAUGAGGGUUUGGGGGGACUCGGGAAUGGAGGUCGAGUGUUUAGCGGAGCAAGCGGUGUGAACUUUAGCAUGGCAAUGGAUUUUCGCAUGAUCUUUAAUGUUGAAUGGAUGUGAUUGAUG